AUGUUCGGUUUUUUUGGCGGGGUGAACGAGCCGGAGGAGAAGGAAGACAAUUCGGAGAGCGACGAGGAGCAAAGUGAAGUUCAAAAUAAAUGUUUGAGUUCGCUCAAGGAGUUUUGCUGCGCCGUUUUCCCCAACACGUACCCUUUCUUCUGGCUGCUGCUGCCCUUCGUCGUGUGUGGCGUUCUGGCUGCUGCCUCCUAUGGCGACCAGUCAGACACCAGCCAAGAGGGGCUUCUUGUGUUCUCCACAGAAAACCAUUUCCACCACACCAACAGCACCACCCCGGAGUCCCAAACAGUAUUCGUGAAGCAAAUGAGCACACGGGAACUGACCUUGCAAGGCGUCUGGGUUCUUGCCUGCAUUUCCCUGGCGAACGCGGCUGCAUGGCUCGGCUGCAUGGUGGCCAGGGCCGUGGGCUUGACGCUGAUUGUCAACAUUGGAUUGUGUCAAAACCAAAGCAUUUCUUCUUUGCUCGCGACCGUCGACCCGGAGUUGGUUUACUUCCUCUGGAGUGUCGGCAUGCACAUGUUCUGGCAGAGGACAGUCAGACAAGGAAGGCUGUUUGGGGUGAAGGCCGUUGAAGACGGGAAGAGGGAGGCGGUGCUGCAGCUCUAUGAAACCCCCUUGUUUGGUCCUUCUGUGUUCGUCUCGGCAUCCAUGGCGAAGUGCCAUAAUGUUCUUAGUCUUGUCGUCAUUGUCCUUACUGCCAGGAGGCUGCUGCGAAGCAUCAUGGUUUUCUACUUCGAGCUCGGCUUCAUGGCAAGCAUGAGCGGACAGCUCGUCAAAUACCUCACCAAAUACGCGGCACUUAGAAAGCUCAACACCAAAUGGUCGGCUACUGUUGCUGCUGUUGCUACUGCUGCUGCUGCUGCUACUGCUGCUGCAACCGCUGCUGCUACUGCCACUGCCCCUGCUGCAGCUGCUGCACCUGUUGCGGCUGCGGCUGCAAGCCUGAAUUGCCGGCGCCGCCGCUGCGGCCUGGACUUCGAAGGAGGUGACAGAAAUUUUAAUUUUGCGGCUGCGUACCAACUCUGCAAGGGGACAGUCUCCCGAGAUAGUGGGGCUGGCAGCCAGGAAGAAGACGAGGCCCUCGAGGCGGACAGGGGCCCCCGUUUGGACGUGGAGGCCCUGAGAAGGGGCAGGAGCGUAGCUUCUGUUACCUCUCGCUUUUCACAGAGUGCCCACGCGGGCCCUGCCCUCUCUUGCAUUCCCAGCCAGCUGACCCGCUCUUCAAUUGAACGCUGCAAGCACAGCCGCGUGCACCACUGGCUGCUGCUGCAGUACGUGGCAGUUUUCCCCCCCGCUGUGUUCCUGAAGGGGGAGCGCAUAGAAAUUGACUCCAAGGCCAAGGCUCGGUCUGUGUCUGACCGUCUCUUUAUGGCGCUGGCGCAGGACGCAGCAGAGCUGGAAGCAGAAGGACAUUCCAGAGAAUCUCCUGAUCUCAGGCACAGAGCGGACCCUGCUGCGGACGGGCUGCAGCAAGGAAGGCCACCGCAGCAGCAAACCGAACACGAAAGGACUGUCAACUGGCUGGGCAGUCCAGCGCUGCGCAAGGUCGUCACAGUUGGCCCCAGCGACGACUCAAGCGUGACUGCGAUAGCAGCGCCAGCAGCAACAGCAGCAGCAGUAAAGGCGAGAGGUGCAUCAGGAACAACGGUAGCAGCAGCAGCAGCAGCAAGGCUGUACCCCACAGACGCGUCUACGCUGCCCGCUAACAACAGCACCACCGCCACAGACCCAAUGGCUGCUGAAGAAGGCGCUUGCCGGGCCUCUUCUGGAUUGGCCACUGAACUUUUGCCUGUCUCUCUGGCUAAUGAUGCUGCUGCUGGCGCCAUAGAUGAGGGGGCACUGCAACAAGGAAGUGAGUUAUCUCCUUCAGACUGCAGUUCAGUUGCGUCGUCAGUCAAAUCCAACAGUGACCGACACAUAAAGAUUAGGAGUAGGCGCAUCUCAGAGAUCCGGCGCACAGCAGCAGCAGCAGCAGUUAGCUCCGGCCGCAGCGCAGAAAUGGGAAAGAAAGGCUCAGUAAAUUGGCCUCCUCCUAAGGCGCAAGAGCGAAGGGCUGCUAACAAAGAUGCCCCUGCCUCUGUCUCGGCGGGCAAUAAGAAAAAAGAAGCAGAAGGGCAGAAGAAAGGAGCAGCAGAGCAAGAGACAGACAAGUUGAAGGGUUUCAAAACAUUAGGCGAGUCGUUCGAGGCAUCUAUGGACAAUACGGAAGGGGCCCACGGGCGCUCUGCACGAAGUGCUGUGACGCAACACAUCUCGACCCUGACUCCGUUCAAUAUUGCCAUCCGGGCCCCCUCACUGGACGCAGAACACGGCGAGCCUCUGGCUCCCAGGUUUGCAUCCGAUCAGCAACAAGGCCAAUGGCGCCCUUCUGCAUCUUCUCGCGCAAGUUUUCGAGGAAAAGCGUUGAGUCAGGGUCUGGAAGAUCUUAGUUCUACCCCUACAGCUGCCUUCAAUGCGAGCUGCUCUACAGAUAGACAGGACAGGUCCGAUGGAGAUGCUGAAGUAAUGGGGCCGCCCCGUCUUACCAGCAGCGGAGACACUGGGAGGCGGCAAUCCUCUUGCUCCCCGCAUAAUUUGCCUUAUGGGGACUGGAAACAGACAAAGACAGAAUUGAACAGUUCUUAUUACCCCACUGCCCCUCCGCUAUGCCAAAAGCGGAGUCUGUACAGCGGGCCGCCGUCCGGGUCUAUCUCAGAAGAGGACCAAGAUAUAGAGACAGGACCUCAAGAACGCAUGCAGCGGGAUCCGGCACUGCUAGGGGCGGCAAAUCUGAGCUCACGUUUGUAUUCUGAGGACAUCAACAACAUCUUGUACCCUAAGAGCUCCUCCAUUGCCUCCGACUUCCACGUGAGACGAGGCUCGUUGGCCAGCGGAGAUGGGAGCGGCACACGCCGUCUUCUUGACCCCAGGCAUGUAACUGAUGAUGACUAUAUUGCCAACCAGAAGGGUCUGUACGGGUAUUCGGGGGUCUCGCCCGAGUACUUCACAAGGGUUUUCGUCGAAAUGUUCCUAAAAGGUGACGAAGUCGAUGAAUUCAUGAAACUUGUCGACUUGGCGGGCCACGGCAAGAUCAAUCAGCCAAUGUUCAAGAGAGCCAUUGUCUCCAUUUACAAAAUGCGAAAGGCGCUUCUCAAAUCCCUAACAAGUCAGGCCAGCAUUUGCAAAACUGUUCGGCGAAUGAUAUCUGUGGUGUUGUGGGUGGCGACUCUGGUGGCGAUGCUACUUGUGUUUGGAGUAAAUCUCAAUACGGUCCUGGUCUCUGGCGCAGCAUCUAUAUCUGCGCUAGUGGUCGCGCUAAGCUACAUUUACCAAAACUUCAUCACUGCCGUCAUAUUCGUGGCAUUUACUAAUCCUUACAACGUGGGCGACAGAGUGCGCAUUGACAAUGGCGAGGCGAUGUACGUGCGCAACAUCCAUACGUACACCACGGAAUUCGUAACAAUUCAUUCCAAGCCGAUUGUGUACAGCAACAGCGUUUUGUUUGGGCGUCAGUUGACUAACGAAUCCCGGGCCACAAACGCCACAUUCUCCAUGCCAAUGCGACUGGACAUUCGCACACAGCUGCAGGCACUCCGUUUCUUAGAGGCGGGAAUGCGCAGGGCCAUCGCUGCGAGGCCUAUGGAUUUUGUGAAAGACUCAUUUAGCAUAUACAUCACUGAUGUGCAGCCAGGACGGUGGAUGGAUAUAACGGUGUGGCUGAGCGCGGUUGAAGGCUGGGGCAACGCACCCAAGGUCUUGCGGCUGCGGACGGACAUGUUUCUCGUACUGCAGCGUCUGUGCACCCGCUUUGGUAUUUCAUACCAAGAACCACUGCUACCAGUGCAUCUUAAUGCCACACAAUUCUCGGCGUCGACCCCGCCACAGCUAGCAGGAACUCCAGCCCCUCAGUUUCGAGCAACACCGUCUCAUGGCGCUGCUGCUGCUGAUCCUAGUUUUUCGCCUUAUUUGAGGAAACAGCGAGACGAGUGUUGGUACAAGGACAGCCCGCCGACUCAUAUGGGCGUGCUUUUGGAAGACGCCCUUUGUGACUCUUCAAUGCUAGCAUCACUCGACUCCCCAAGUGCUCCACCUGUUGCACCGAGGGAGCCACCCCGAAAAGCCCCAAGGAGAAAUUUUCCAGCGUGGCAGGAGCAGAAGCAGUCUCGCAUUGCAGCCAGGCUUAUCGAAGCACGUGCACCAGUCUAUUGCGGCGAACCGGAUGGGUGGAAUUUUGAGGGGCCCAGAGCAGCGUUGAAGUACCGGAGGCGCCACAGACAAUCCAGAUAA